AUGGACGACGAAGAGGAUGCACCGCCAUUGCUUGUGGCCGCAGAUGGCCCCGAUGCCCAAGAAGCUACCAUUAGCGCCGAGAUGGAGGACGUCAAGGUCACCAAGGUGCCUAUUACAAUCAUCACAGGCUAUCUCGGCGCAGGCAAAACCACACUUCUCAACUACAUCCUCACUGCUCGCCAUGGCAAGAAGAUAGCAGUCAUAUUGAACGAAUUUGGUAACAGCAGCGAUAUCGAGAAAUCCCUCACAAUCAACCAGGGCGACCAACAAGUCGAAGAAUGGCUCGAAUUGGCCAACGGCUGCAUCUGCUGUUCCGUCAAAGAUCAAGGCGUUAACGCCAUCGAAUCUCUGAUGGACCGUCAAGGCACCUUCGACUACAUCCUACUGGAGACGACAGGCUUGGCAGAUCCGGGCAAUAUCGCUCCGCUCUUCUGGGUAGACGAAGGACUUGGAAGUGCCAUCUACCUGGACGGAAUCGUCACGCUCGUCGAUGCGAAGAACGUAAUCCGUUGCUUGGACAAACCGCAGGGCGAAGAAGCGGUGCAUACUGAGGAUGAGAAUCACAAGGGCCACCUCAUGUCUACUGCCCAUCUUCAGAUUUCCCACGCCGACGUCGUGGUCAUCAACAAGGCCGAUCUGGUAUCUGAAGAUCAAUUGCAGGCGGUCGAAGCACGCGUCCGAUCAAUCAACGCUCUGGCCAAAGUUCAUGUUACGGAUCACAGUCAGGUGCCUCAACUGGAAGGCCUUGUGCUCGGUCUGCAUGCGUACGACAACGUGCCCGAAGAAAGUCUAGACUUUAACUCGAAAGGCCACAGCCAUCUCGACCCAACAAUAGGCACAAUGACAAUCAGCCUACCAGCACUCGAUACCAACAGUCUAGACCCAUUAGACGAAUGGUUACGAACAGUGCUCUGGGAGAACCAGCUACCAGGCGACAACAACGCCCCAAUCUGGGAGAUCCACAGAAUCAAAGGGCGAAUACCACUCACGACCGGAGGCGUGAAAAUGCUCCAAGGCGUCCGUGAAAUCUUCGAAUUCAUCGACGCAGCAGUCGACACUGGAAAAGCCGACACCACUUCAAUCAAGGAACAACGUGGCAAGAUCGUCAUCAUUGGACGAAACGUUGGCGAUGCGAACAGCACAGCUGCCUUUCAGCGGAGCCUGGACGCUGCUGUAAGCACACAAGGCAGCCAAUAG